AUGCAGAAGGCCCAGCAAUUCACAUUAGGCCUGGGCGUUUUGGUGGUCGCCGCAGCGAUCGCCUCACUGGUGAUCAAUGUUCUUGUUUUCAUGCGUUACAUGGAUGACUAUAAUGCGGAAAUUGGCUCGAAUCCAGUGAAACUGAUAUUUCCAAGUCUACAUGAACGCUGGACUGAUCUCAAACGACGUGUGGCAUUUCCAGGAGAACUGUCUCCCUUGAGUUCAGAAUCAAUCCACGUCAACAGUUCAAAAUACUGUCCAAGCUACGGUGAAGCUCUGUUCACGCCUCCAUGGAAGGCCGCGGCUUCGCUCUUGCGCAAUUCCAUCAACGAGAGUGUGGAUCCAUGCGAGGAUUUCUUCCAAUUUACAUGUGGCAGUUACAUCAGCCAACAUAAAGAAGAACUCUCUACAACAUAUCAAGCUCAACUGGCUGUCAAUGCUAUAAUUGCUAAAGCUCUUGAACCCGUUGAUGUCAACGAUGAAAAACGGUGGUCAGUAACCGAGAGGAUAACUAAGGCGGCUCUCCAAUCGUGCGUGCUCUCUAAAUCUCCCAAACUGGAGGAGGUUUUAGUGGAUAUAGCAAAUUGGUUUGGAUCAAUUCCUUUCCUCAAUCAUACGAUAGAAGAGGCUUACGAUGUCUUCGAAACCUCCGGUUCCCUCGAAAGAACUCUUGGGCUCGCAACAUUAAUGGAAUCACGGGUUACAAUCGACUACCAGCAUCCGACACAAAACGCUCUAUACAUUUCACAGCCUUCUCUUCCUCUGCCACGUGAUUACUACGUGCUACCGCAAUUUAUCCAUCUUCUGGAAGAACGGGCAGCCUUCAUCACACGUAUGCUCAAACGAUUUGCCGAACUCGUUUUGGACGAUCCUUCCCCGUACUCUAAAUUGAUAGAACAGGCUGCCAAGGAGAUCGUUAAUUUUGAGAGACAAAUGGCUAUGGCUUCAUGGCCGGACACCGAGAUGAGGGAGUAUGCACAACAGUAUAAUCAGUUCGACCUUGAAAAUAUAUCAGCCAUUAUUACUGGAAUUGAAUGGAAACCCUAUCUCGAUGAGCUUUUAUUAUCAGUUCCAAAAGCAGAAAAGGCUCUGGAGGGCACGGAAGAAGCUGAAUUUAUAGAUCCACAAAUGGCAAAAAUUGCUGUCGAAGCGAAUUAUGUACCGAUCGGUCGGCAAUUUUCAAGAAGAUUCGAUAACGAAAAUGAUCGUACCAUCCCAUGUUUGGAACUUAUAAUGAAACAUAUGCCAUAUGGACCAGGCUACGUUUAUGCCAAAUCGAUACCGGACAGAGAUGAAAUCGCAAUGCAGGUUAAUCGGCAGGUGGAUCUCAUCAUCAAUGAAUUUACGGAGAUGCUCAAGUCGUUGAGUUGGGUGUCCACACGCUCCAAGAUGAAGGCGCGAGAUAAAGCAGACAAAAUGGUGAGAAAUAUCGGAUGGCCAACAAAAUUGUUUGGUGAUUUCAAAAAUAGCAGUGUCAUAGAUGCUUACCAUCAUGACGACUAUGAACCCAUUUUGGGUCUGUUUAAGAAGAACAAAACUGAUUUCUACCAUAUUAAGCAUACCUUGCAAUCAGGCUUUAUAAACCGCGAGUUUGUUCGUUUACUCAUUGAAGAAGGAGACAGCAAAACCUACCCGAAGGCAUUCAACUUUGGAGGUCAUGGAGCUGUUGUGGGCCACGAACUUGUGCAUGGUUUUGACAAUGAGGGUGUACAGUUCGAUAGUGAAGGAAAGCUCGCCUGUGAUGGUGACAGAUGGAAUCAGUGCACUUGGAUGGAUAAGAAAUCAAGGAAGGCCUUCACAGAUAUGUCUCAGUGUGUCAUCACCCAAUAUAGGUGA